AUGGCAGAGGAAUCUGUUCGCCCGAAGUUCAUAGACUCUGGUUCUCUAGGAACGCAUGAUUACACCCCUGUUAGCACCAUUCAGGAUAAGCCUCUCCGCCAAGAUGACACUCGCACACACUAUGAAGCGAUCGACCACCCAAGCGGAGUUGACGAUCCAAGAAAUUCAAAACCGGCACAAGACAGCCCCCCAAAAGCAAAUACUCCGGCUUUUCCGUCCGCCAGGCUAUACCGCUCUGGCUACAUUAUCGUGUUGAUAUCCACAUACAUUAGCAUGGCCCUCUUCUCGUGGGUAACUACUUGCUAUCUAUCCUUCCGCCCAGCAAACGACCGCCAGUAUGGGUUUUGGACCACACGAAGCUCUCAACGCGCGGCAGAUAUUAUAAGUAGUUGGAAUCAACAGGACCUUUAUGUCAGAAAUGAACGGUGGUAUCGCGCUGCUCGGAUCAUUCAGUCAGUCGUCAGCGUUUUAACUAUCCCCUUGAUAUCUGCAGUUUGCUCGAGCACAGCAGUCAUGUUCAUCCAGCGGAAACAGGCUCGUGAUAAGCUCAGCAUUCGGCAAGUUAUAACUCUUGCGGACAAGGGUUGGACGGAUCUUACCACAUACGCCAGAGUGCUACCAUUCUUUUCUACUAAUGGGUGGAAAAGACACGGCAGUUCGUUUCUACUUUUUGCCAUGCUUUUGAACCUUCUAGGUGCAAUAAUAUCGCCUCUGCAACAGUUAUUCAUAUCCACCACAACAAUUAAGACACCGACUGAAGGGUCUUAUAUCCUGAAUCUCUUUGAGUUCGCUAGCUCAUGGACGUACUAUGACGCAGACAGGUACGAUGAAGUUGUGAUCCUGGCUCGAAGUACCUUGACGGCAGCAACUGUGGCUCAGCCGAUGGCCCAGCUUUGGGCAAGUAGCAACUCGUCCUGUGCGAUCAACAAUUUCACACAAUCUCAGGAUUGCAUCACGGGAACCCGCCUGACCCUUGGGGAAAUUGCAGAUCUGAAUGAUCCCUUCAUAGCUCAAUUAACCAACACUUUCCAUACUGGCCUUGUUCGCCAAUACAUCCCCCGAAUCAAUUCCAGCGCGCAAUACACCAGGAUUGACGCAAACGGCUUUCCAAGUGAGUGCGAUAAGAUCCCUGGCUCGUUCUAUGUGAACUACAGCUACUCCGACGGUAAUAAUACCAGCUGGUCGGACACAGGCAUUAGAUGGCACCAAGAAUUGUUUGCCUGGGGGAUCCGAGCGUGUAUCCCGAACGACAUUACCAAGUCACCAUGGAGACCUACAAGAGACCGCCAGGACUUCUUCGAAGAAUUAUAUCUCAAUUUUACAGUAGCUAAUUCCAAUAUGACCAAGGCCGAAAGCACUUUCUACAAGGUCAAGCUGGAUACCACAGCGGGCUAUUUUGAGCUUCCAAACUACAUGAACAACGGAGUCGCUGGCCACUUGUUAGAUGAAGGGCCCAACACCACCGCUACUUGCGGCCGGGGAACAGAAUGUGCGUGGCAAUGGCACAACCCGAGCUCACCCAUAUCUUAUGAGCAGCAGAAUAUCGCAAAUAAGGGUCCCCUUCGAACGGUAGCCAUGGCUCUUUUUGGGAAUGGGUCCUUUCCUCAAACCCGCCUAGAACACCCGCAUAAAGUGAUUGCAUCUAGCGAUACCUGGGAGUACUCGGGGACUUGCAUCAACCAGGCGCCCCUUGGUUUCCUUUUCAAAUCACAAGGCACAUCAGAGCAGCAUAUAGCAAGUCUACCAACAGGUUGUAUCGCAGACGUUGAUGGCGGAGACGUAGGCGAUUCGCUUAUGACGUGGAUGCUAAGUUUUACGCCGGAUAAAAAUCCGCUGACAAAUGAAGACUUCCUGGCGGCGGACUUCACCAUUGCUGCGUUUCUCGCCAACCAAGCUUGGAUGGAGCAUAGCCACGGGGGCCUAAUGAUAACUUACGACAUGGGAGCCGAUACACAAGUUCCGACGAUAUCUGUGGCCGGUAUUACCGUGGUAUCGAUUCUCCUUGGUCUACUGAUUUGCAUCCUCCUCCCCCUGGCACUAUAUGCAUCUAUUGCCCUGCGGUGGACCCCACAACUUGACGCGUUCACUAUGAUGAGAAUGGGUGCUUCUGUGGCCGACAAAGUGCCCCUACAGAUUGGACGAGAGCAGGGCAAAAUCAAAGCUCUCGAUGAAAUUCCCGGUUGGAUUGGUGAUUACUCCGAGACUAGUGAGGAAGUUGGAAAAUUGGGUCUAGGCGGUUCAAGAGAGUUGGGCAUCGAGAGGGAUAGACGGUUUGAGUGUUAUGAAGGGGACCACGAAAAACGUAAAGUUGGCCCUCGCGGGUGGCGCAAGUAUUAUGUACCCUAA